AUGCCGAUGGAUAGCCCCUCUCCGAUGACCUCUUCGAAUACCAACAACGAGGAUCAAGGUCCGUUCACCCUCACCGAAGACCACAUGGCACAAUUCAUGUCUUUGCCUUGGUUGGACGACUCGAUGGCCGUGUUUGGACACGGAGUUCGUGAAGUUCCUGAUCUUGGCACGACCUGGACUGGGGAAUUUGGAGGUUUCUUGGAACCUACAACUUCAGCGUCUCUCGACGGCGAAAGUCAGGAAAGGCUGAGUUCGUUGCCUUGUAUCGAGUUGGAACACGGUCCUGGAAACCUCCCGACGCCAAUCCCGUCAACUAUCAGAACCUUGCCUCACUCCCAUUCUGAUGCCGAACCAACGACGGAUCCCCCUGUGCUGUCGAAAGAGGUCCUUACGAGAACCGAUCAAAAAUACCAUGGCAACUCUCGGCAGAACACAAAGAAUGUCUCUCAGGACUAUCCUUCAAGCCAAAGCUCGGAUGACCUGGCCAUGUUCGGGAACAUCAUGCAACCCCCGGCUGCAAUGUUGAUGGGUGGCAUCAGGCGAUGGCGAUACCUCCAGAGAUAUCUUCUUGGCCUGGGCUCAAAGAAUAAUGCUGUCAUGAAUGCUCUCCUGUGCCUUGAAGAGGUAUUGGCUCGUGAUGACUCCGACGCCUGUGACCAAGCUUCAGAUUCAGACGACAGCGCCAACCGAAUCGCUGAGCGUUAUGAGGCAGCUAAGAGACAGGUUAUCGAUCAAGCCUCAGGGAAGCAUCAUCUUGGGGAACAAGGAAUGAACGAACUCCUCGCAGCCGUCUUCCUGUUGGCUUGGAUUCAGGUCAUACGUGACCGGGGCACCGAGCGAAGCGACUCCACGUUUCCUUGUGACCAAGCCGACAUCAUCAUCAGUAGCGGCUGCAACUGGAACUGGUACUCUCGACAGCUGCUCUCCUGGUUCAAUUCGCUUGAUAGCAAGGCCACACAUCUUGGGGGGUCUCCGCUCCUUUCGGCCAAGGCUCUCAACAUCGUCUCCCGCUAUCCUAUCCAGAUCGUCAGCUGCAACUAUGAGGAGUCCAAAGAAAGGCAAAAUUCCCUUGGAGGCCAAGAGGAUUUCCAAACCAUGUCAGCCGGGUCUGUGACAGACGUCUCGGAGCACGGAGAUAGCGCAACAGUGGUCCCCGCUUUGACAACGGUUGAUGUCAAGGAGAUUGUGCUCCGUGCCAUUCUCCAGCCGGCCGCAGAGUGGUACCUACAGACACAGGCCUACUUCCGGCACAUAGGAUCUCUUGAUAAGCAUCAUCGUUCAAGGUUUACACCAGACGACGAGCUUGAAGUUGCGCUGGUGGGCAAGCAGUUCCAGGCCGAACUAUGGGAUCUCUGGGCCCAACGGCCAUCCGCCAUAUCGCUUACUGCUGAUGAUCUCGCAAAGACUGUGGCGCCAGACAUGGCAACUCGCCUUGAAGAGAUCUUCAGCGUGUACCUCGCCAGUUUUUGGAUUCUCUUUGUUUAUCUUCAUCGCGUAAGCUGGUGGCAUCUGGCUCAUACCUCAACAGUGGAGGGAGCAUUAAACGAGACGUGGGAGUUCAUGCAACGGUCAUACGGCGAGCGAGAUGAUUGUGGCCAGUACAAGACUGUUCACCCUGCCCUCAUGUGGCCCGUCUUUGUAUUUGGUGCUGAAUGUCCAGACGAAUCAAGAAGACAAUGGGCUAUUGCGCAGCUCAGAGGCCUGGCAAAGCCCAGGCCAGUGUUGGAGGUAGAAAAUGGGGAACUCGAUACGCUUCCGGCAUUCCGGAUGAGCCGCGGGGCGACCAAAAAUGCGAAGAGGGCGGCGCUGCUGCUCGAAUCUCUAAUUGAGAAGCAAGGGGAGAUUCGUGGCCGAGUUGAUGAUAGGGAUCUUGCUACGGAGAUGUUUGGGUGCCAUUUCUCGAUAGUAUAG